GUUUUGGAUACGUCCUUCUUCGCUCGUUCGUCUCUGCUGAGACAGCCGAACUUGCUAUUCUUUCUAGUCCGCCCAGGGAACCAGUGGUCCUGAGAUGGCUUUCUCGAGAGGUUUUGCCAUCCUUUCGCUGAUAACACUCAUCCACCUAGCCGGGAUAUAUCUUUUCACGAACGGCUUCCUGCUAACACGUCUCUCGCUAUCGAAUCACACAUCCUGCUCCGCCGCGUCCUCCCCACCAUGCACUCUGCCCGCAACGCACAAGCGCGCGGUGUUCCUCAUCAUCGACGCGCUGCGGUUCGACUUCGUCUCCCCCCAUCCGCCCGUGCCCCUGUCGCCGCACCACCACCACAUCCUCACGCUCCCCGCUGAGCUGACAGCGCAGCACCCGCGGCACUCGUUCCUCUUCGACGCGUACUCGGACCCGCCGACCGCGACGCUGCAGCGCAUCAAGGCGCUGACGACGGGCUCGCUGCCCACCUUCGUGGACAUCGGGAACAACUUUGGCGGGUCGUCAAUCGCCGAGGACUCUAUUGUGAAGCAGCUCGGGCUGGCGGGCAAGCGGAUCGCGUUCAUGGGCGACGACACGUGGAUGUCCGUGUUCCCCGAUGCGUUCGCGUGGAACAUGACGUUCCCGUACGACUCGUUCAACGUCGAGGACCUGCACACCGUCGACGAGGGCGUCAUAGAGCACCUCUUCCCCUUCCUCGAAAACCCCGACAAGCCGUUCGAUUUCCUCGUGGGACACUUCCUGGGCGUGGACCAUGUUGGACACCGCGUCGGGCCCGACCACCCGAGCAUGAAGACCAAGCUGGAGCAGAUGGAUGGUGUGCUGAGGCGCGUUGUUGAGCUGCUGGACGAGGACACGCUCUUGGUCGUGUUGGGCGACCAUGGGAUGGACCGGUCGGGUGACCACGGAGGCGAUGGAACGCACGAGACGUCGUCGGCGAUGUGGAUCUACAGCAAAGGGCCCGAGCUCACCGCCCCCAGUGCGGCCCCACCCGGCCUCUUGCAAUACACGACCUUUCCGGGCGCGCCCACUCCGCAUCGGUACAUCCAGCAGAUUGACAUCGUCCCGACUCUCUCCCUGCUGCUCGGUCUCCCUAUCCCGUUCAAUAGCCUGGGCGCCGUGAUUCCCGAGCUGUUCUGGCGCACCAAAUCGCCAGAGGAGCAUCUAAGCGGGGCUCUUGAGAUCAACGUGGAGCAGGUGAAAAACUAUCUUGCUGCAUAUCGUGCCAGUCCAUCGGGCGGGGAACUAGACGACUCGUGGCACACUUUGAACUCUGCCUGGACUGCCACCCGGGCAGCGAGUCUGACCCCGGAGCAGGGCCUGAUCGUCAUGUCGUCGUACAUGCGUGUUGCGUUGUCGUCGUGCCGUGCGAUCUGGGCGCAGUUCAACGCGGUCUUGAUGGGUGUCGGAUUGGUGCUGCUGGGCAUGGGUGUAUUGGCGACGUGGUCGGUCUAUUCCGGGCUGUCUGAAGCCGGAGACGACUGGGAUGCGUGGCUGGACGGCCAGCUGGAGAAAUACAUGCGCGGAGCUGCCGUGGGCUCGAUAUCUGGUCUUGCUUUGUCCCUGCUAUUGGCGAACUAUCUGCCUGGGAUGGAUUCGCUGGAUUGCAUCUUAUUCGGCGCGCCUUUUGCUUGCUGCAUCGUCAUGAUAGCCUCAUCACCUCCCUCCUUCCCGAGCUGGAAAUCAAUUCCGGUUGUGCUGAUCCUUCAUUCGAUCACCUUCUUUUCCAACUCGUUCACAUUCUGGGAGGACCGGAUUGUCACGUUCCUGCUCGUGACCUCGAUCAUCCCUUAUGCACUCAAGGGCCUCACAGCAGCCUCAGGGCGUCUGCGGUACCGCCUGCUCGGAUUCUCCGGCCUGUUUGCUGUCUGUGUCAGGUUGAUCGCGGUCAGCACUGUUUGCCGAGAGGAGCAGCAGCCAUUCUGCCACGUGACCUUUUACGCGUCUUCGUCGCUGCCGUCACCCCCGACUCUGGUUCUCCUGCUGGCUAUUCCGACAUCCCUCGCGCUGCCUGUGAUCUUGCGCCGCUUCUUGCGGAUAUCCAAAUCGCAUGUCGGCCUGGCCAGGAUAUACAUGCCGUUCGUGCUCACUCCGACGCUGUUCUCUGGCACAAUGUUCUGGGUGCUCGAAUGGCUCGACUCUGCAGAGCUGAUGGACUCGGAGUUGACGAGGUGGGCUAGGACGUGGCUGAUCAGGUCCUCGCUGGGCUAUGUCGUGGUCGCAGGCGGCGCGUUGUGGUGGUAUCUGCCUCUGUGUCUGGAGAUCGAGCGCUCCCAGAGCAUGGAGAAAGACGAGCCGCCUCAAGUCACCGUGGUCGGAUAUGCCAACGCUUUCGGGGCCUCAUAUCUCCUCUUCUGGUCUCUGUUCUUCGCCGUCGUAUACACAACCACACAGCUUACCGGCCAGUUGGUUCUUGGGCUGACCGCCAUCGCGCUCGUGGCUUUCCUGGAGAUCGUCGACUCUGCGCGGGAUGCCAGGAUGUGGGAAACGCUAGCCGAGACCAACCCAUCGGCGCUUCUCGACACGGCCCGCGUGAUCCGCUCGCCGCCCAUCGCGUUCAACGACGUCAUCCCCGUCGCGCUGCUCGCGCUGCACGCGUUCUACGCCACGGGGCACCAGGCGACCAUCUCGUCCAUCCAGUGGAAGUCCGCGUUCAUGCUGACGCCGACGAUGCAGUUCUCGCUGUCCGCCGCGACCGUCGCGCUCAACUCGUUCGGCCCGUUCCUGCUCGUCGGGCUCGCCGUGCCGCUGCUGGCGCUGUGGAACAGGUCCCCGCUGCCCGCGGCGCUGGGCCGCGCGGACCGCCAGGUGCAGGGCGAGAGCAUCGUCGCCGGCCUGGGCGUCAUGUUGUACUACGCACUGCUCAUGCUCGGCGCGGCCGCCAGCGCGGCGAUCCUGCGCCGCCACCUGAUGGUCUGGAAGGUGUUUGCGCCGCGGUUCAUGGCCGCGGUCGUCGAGCUCGGUGCGGUUGACAUGGGCGUGCUGCUUGGGUUUGGGAUUGGCGUGCAGCGGAUCGGGGCGAAGGUGUCGCAUCUGUUCCGAGGUGUGGCUGCUCAAUUGGCGUAA